CGACGAGUCCUAAAAACGAUCUAUAUUUUUCUCUUUUUUCUGGUCUUCUUCUUUAUUAAGAAUCUCGAGACGAUCGACCUAUCGGAUAUUAUGUAAUUCUGAAACCGAUAACAGUUUUGUAAGGAUAUUUUGGUGAAGAAAGGCAGAAUCUAAGAAAAUUAUUACUUUACUUUUCAAAAAAAGUGUUAUCGAUAGAUAAGGACAAUCGUCAUGGCCAAUCCGAACUUUGAUUUGUUAGACGUCGUUGGUGUGCCUUACCUUUUCAAUAUUGGAUUUCUAGUCUUAUUCGUCACUUUAGUGUUACCUGCACUUUUACUCAGUUAUCUAGUCGUGAAAUGGUCCAGAAGAUGUUGGUUGAGCUUUGUAAAAUGGAAACAUCCACAUUGUACGUUUGUUGUAGAAAACAGUAUUCGCAGUAUCUUGGACCAGGGAAGAAAUCAGGGAAUAUAUACUCUUUUGGUCCAGGGCAGCUCAAUUACUGAUAAUUUAAGAAGACAUUUGGUACAAUUAUCCUCAUCGAUUACCUGCAUGAGGAUGAGCUUGACUACCAAAUGGGGUCUUUACGCAUGGGAGAAUCUUGAAGAAUUUUCAGUCGACAACCACCUGCUCAUUUCUCCCUGUUCUUUCAAGGGUCGAGCAAUUACAGAAUCCAACAUUCAGGAAUACGUGAGCGACGUUACUCAAAAAUUUCUUCCUUCAAAUCACUCACCAUGGCAAGUGCUCGUCAUCAAUUGUUUCAUGAGAGGGGUGGAGAAUCAAUUUUGCCUCGUACGAGUACAUCAUCUUCUUCUUCGUCAAGAAAAUUUGACCUUGGCAGAUUUCCUGCCACUAAAAUUUUCUCAAGAAAACUGGAUCUGUCAGGAAACCGAUUCUCCAUUCACGAAUCUUUAUUCUGAGCCUUCCGCUCUUCCUCGACUCCAUCAGAAACUCACCGAAAGCUUCAGCAACACCUGGAAUGAAUUUUUAUGCAAUAAUGAUCCAAUGGAGAGACCGGAAAUUUUCAAGAAACAAAUUGGCCUUUUACUUUGUGUCAAAAUUGGUGUUUUGGUAAUGGUGUCAACGAUGAAAGUUCUCACUAGGAACUAUAGAAAAGUCGAGGGUCUCAGGAUCACAGAAAUACUUCCAGUUCUCCAAAGGGAAGCACGCGUCAGAAAUUUUACAUUACGAGUUGUUUCCAAUGCAUUUCUGACAUCUUUAAAUCCUCUCCAAUUUUCACGAUUCGUCAUCUCAUGGAUUUGGUAUCUGGUUGUGACUCUAAGUCUUAAGAUGCCAAUUUUAAUUCUCAGAGAAUUAAAAGCUCUGAAAUCUCAUCACAAACAUUAUUAUCCAGACACACUGACUUCAGUUUUGUCUUGCUAUUUACCAUUAAUAUUUCAGGCGGCUUUGGAACUUUUUUCCAUCACGGCAAAAGUUGUGGAAGCACCAAAAGCAAUAAUCGAGGAGCUUUUUUUAAAACAUGCCCAAAACAAUCUUCUGCAGAUUUCACCCUGUGGGAGAAAAGUGGUGGCCUGGUCAGAGGAAGUUAGUACCGAAAUUCUUAGCAAAAUUUCGAGUGUGACUGGGGCCAAUGAAACUGAAAUUCUGUUGACAGCCACUGUGGAUUCUUUAAAAGAGUAUUUUAGACACUCAGGUCUUGAGAUUCCAGAAGAGGUAUUGGCAACUGCCAAAUUCGUCAGCCAAAGGGCCCUUUUUGUCCAAAAUCAUGAAGCUAGGGGUCUAGUGUGUCUUGCGCUUCCCACACGAACUCCAUUAUUUGAGGAUGAUCUUAUCGAAAUUCUCCAGGUAAUUCAAAGGAAUAUUCAAGAUGCAAGAUCCACACAAAAUGCCAUCUACGCCAUCACAGGGGCAGAAAUAUCCUUCGGAUUAUUGACGUCUUGCCUACCUUCUACUUUACUAAAACUUUUACUUAAUCAUCUCACAAGAAGGUAUUCCAUAUCCUUAACCCACGUAGAUGGUGAUUUACCAGUCGAGGGUGUUCACACAGCCGUUUACUGGAGGCCACCUCAGGGAAAUUGCAGUAUGUCAAUGACACUUCACAGGCAUGGUAAUGGUGUACGAUUAGGAGUAAUGGGGGACGCAAUGAUUGGACCUCAGCACACAAUCAUCACAAAAACAUUUCCAAAAAGUCUACAAAAUCUUGCCUUAGCAGUCGGUGUUCCAAAAUAUACGAGCAGAAGUCCUAGUCCGACUCCAGUCAGUCCUACGACAUCUCCAGGAUAUUAAGCAAAAGGAUUUUAACGUUUCCGUCCUCUUUGUGAAACAUAAAUCUGAUCCAGAAGGUCCGGCUGCUAGGCGGGAUUAAAUUGCCCAAAUGAGAUUAAUUUGCGAUCAACACCAUUAUAAUUAUUCUAAAUUAAUGUUACACAUGCUAAUUUUAAUAGCAUCAAUAAUUAAUUAUUGUAAAAACAGAGGGUUAUGCAGUUUUUUAAGACAACUGUUAAAAUGCAAACUGCCUAUAAAACAGCAUUUUACUUACGUGAUUUGUACACUUAUUAUUCAAUAAAGGCUAGUGAAACUUUGCUUUUCUAA